UCAAACGAAUCACGCGGAGGUAAAAGGACACUUGUUUACUAUUUCUGUCUGAAACAACCGUAACAAUGGUGUGUGUUUUGAAAGAGGUCGAAGCUUUUCCGGAACCCCAAAUCGCUCUGGAAUUUGGAAGUUGGGAUAAAAACCUAAUAAUAACCUUGGGUGAGAAAUGAGAAAUGAACGCAUGUGAGUGGCUGACACGGGUCGGCUUCAAAAAGCUGAUUGGCUCUCAUUUGAAGCCUCUUACGGGGCUAUACAACUAUUAAGCACCUCCCCGUUGCUCUAAAGGGCAUUAUAAUGCAGGGGACCUCCUUUUUAAAACCCCAAUAUAUAUAUACAUAUAUUAAAUAGGUUAAAAUCUCAGAGUGAUUUUUUUUUCAGGAAAAUAAAACAUCAACCUUGGAGCGGAGCAUGAUGCUCUCGCACGUCGACCUGCUGGACGCUCGGCUUGGUGAGUAUCCAUCGCUCGGUGUGCAGACUGAACGCGCUCAGGACGUUCUCUCUCUCCACCUUGCUCUCUCCAUCGCUCUGUCUACUCCAGUCAGUGAAAACUGACAAUUUGUUCCUGACUCUAAUACGGUUUAAAGUGAUCUAAUUUACUUAAAGAAAAAGGUAAUCAUCAUUAUUAGAUUACGAAGUCAUUUAAAUAUAUUGAUGUCAUUGAAUAGACACUUUUAUCAUGCGUAAUUGAGGGGUGUGUGUGCGCUCCUCUCGUAUUAUUCCUGUUCUGCAACAGCGUAACAGCAAUUGGGAUGCUUUCGACACACUUCAGUGUGCACUUUUGCGCUAAAAUUGUGAGCUUUACCGUUACCCGUCUCUUUGAAUAUGAUUGGAGGAGAUCAUUCUAUCUUCGGAGCAGGCGAGAAACAGGAGUUUGACCUGGUUGCAUGUAUGGGGGCAUGUGUGUAUCUUGCAGGGAUGAAGGAUGCUGCGGUGGAGCUCCUGGGACACAGAGAGGCACUAAAGUGCAGACUGGGGGUCGGUGUCGGGGUGUCUGAGCCCGGACAUACCGGAGAACUACGCCCGAGUACAGAAACCCUGGAAGGCGCGACUCAUCUUCCCGGGGACGAGCUCGGCAACGUUGGAUCCAAUCCUCCGAACGGCAAAGAGCAAGACAAGCAGCAGCAGCAGCAACAAAACCAAAACUCAGCGCAGGCCGUAAGUCAACAAACGCAGAAACAGAAACGCCACCGGACCCGCUUUACGCCUGCGCAACUCAACGAGCUGGAACGCAGUUUUGCUAAAACGCACUAUCCGGACAUCUUCAUGAGAGAGGAGCUCGCGCUACGCAUCGGUUUGACGGAAUCGCGCGUGCAGGUUUGGUUCCAGAAUCGACGUGCCAAGUGGAAGAAGCGCAAGAAGACCACAAACGUGUUCCGCGCGCCAGGCACCUUACUCCCGACUCAUCACGGUUUACCGCAGUUUCCUUCUGCGGCUAUUAACGACAGCCUAUGCUCGUUUCACGCAAACGACACGCGCUGGGCUGCGGCCGGGAUGCCCAGUGUCUCUCAGCUACAGCUUCCCCCUGCGCUCGGACGUCAGCCUGGCAUGGCGCAGUCUCUGUCGCAGUGCAGCCUGGGAGGCGCGGGCCCGGCGGGUCCUGGCUCCAUGGGUCUGUCUAACAUGGCGUCUAACGGCUCGGCCCUGCAGUCGCAUCAUCUAUACCAGCCCACGUUCCCAGGCAUGGUGCCCGCGUCACUCGCGGGCCCGACAAGCGCCAGUGCCUCCACGCAACUGUGCAACUCGUCAUCGACAGAUAGUGACGUGUGGCGCGGCACGAGCAUCGCGUCACUGCGUCGCAAAGCGCUCGAGCACACAGUCUCCAUGAGUUUCACUUAAUGGGUUCCGAAAGCGAUCCUUUGUCGAUUUCUUUUUUCUUCUUUUACACAAUUUGUUUCUCUCUCAAAGCCCUGACAUUAAAUUUGUUGACCUACUGAAAUCUAAAGCAUAUGGACCCGGGUGUUAAUUUAACACUUCCCUCCACACAACACACACACACACACACACACACACACACACACACACACAUCUAUCUAUCUAUCUAUCUAUCUAUCUAUCUAUCUAUCUAUCUAUCUAUCUAUCUAUCUAUCUAUCUAUCUAUCUAUCUAUCUAUCUAUCUAUCUAGCAGGCCCGUUAUUUGAGACUUGUACACCAAACACGCUGCACAUUACAGACAGAAUGCAAAGCGCAUAUUUGCAAUAUUCACGGGACGCUACCUGCCUUGUGAGUUUUUAAUUAAUGGACACAAAUACUUGCAUAUUGCGGACCACGAAUCUUUUUUGUUUGUUUGUUUUUACAGUAAAUAAACAGAAGUAUUUAAAGGGCAAAUGAUGUAAAAAGAGAGAAAGAGAAAAAAAAUCACAAUAAUAAACGUCGAAUGCAUGUGUGGACGCCAGUAUCCGAUAAGGGCCAACUGACCAUUUAUUCUAUUUAUUAUUUAUUUUAAUAAAAAAAAAUGAUUUUACUGUUUUAGGGUAUGCUGUUCUACAGGAUGUUUUGUGUAGACAAAGCAUUCUUACAUUGCUUUUGAUUUGUGAUAUGUUCUAAGUUUGUCUGUGCGUAUACAAUACAGAUUUCUUACAUUUCUUAAUCGUUAUAUGCUUUCCUGGACAUAUUUAUAUCGAUUAAAUGUAAUGUCAAAUAAAAUAAUUUUGAAUGUCAUCUCGUGAACGUAAAGCCUACUUUAUAAUUUG